AUGCUGCGUUUCAUCCUGAACCUGCAGGACAAGUGGGCCAAUAAUCGCGAGGCGGGCAUCGACUUGUUUCAGUCGUUCACCGCCUGGGAGGCGAUCGUGGCCGAGUACGUGGGUCAGAGCGGCGAAGCCGUCUCUGACAAUGUCAGGGCGAGCGUGCUGCUGGAGCGCGCGCCAGAUCCAUAUCGUGAAGUGUUGCGACAGGCCCCAGAGAAGGUGAAACUCACAUUCGGCGCAGGUCGCAGCCACACCAGGGGCUACUACAACCAAGGAAGGACUUUCACUCACGUCCCAGACGUGGGCGGGGUCGCCCUGAUGCAGGUGGACGCAGUCCGCGCCCAGCUUCCCAGUGGCAAGGCCAGCGGCAAGGGCAAGACGCACAAGGCGGGCAAGUCAGGCGGGAAGCCGGGCAGAUACGAGAAGGGCAAGGACUCGAAGACCAAGUGUAGGGGUCGCGACGGCGGCAAGUGUGCCAAGAACCAGACGGAGUACUUUGACGGCGAGCGCGGCUACUGCGGCAAGUGGGGCCACAAGCGGGCAGACUGCAGGAAGAAGAAGGCCGACGAUUCGAAGAAGGAACCAGGUCACACGCGAGCUGUUCAAGGCGACGCAACCUCGUCAUCAGGCCAGCAGCCAGCGGAUGGCACGGUGAAGGCGGCGUCGGGCUACUAUGACGGCAAGCCCGAUGGCCGGGCGUUCGCGGUCACGGCGCAGACGGGCGGCAAGACGACGAAGGCCGGCGGCCCCAUCCUGAUCGACAGCGGCAGCGACGACCAUCUCUGCAGGCACAGAUUUGUCCCAGAGGCCCCCAUCAGCGCUGCACUGGACGCGCCGAGGCACUGCGACGUGCAGCAGCGCCCACUACCGACGGCAGGCCUGAAGGGAGUAGAGAUGGCCAUGAAGGAGGGCAUCACGGCGACGGCGGACUUCCUUGUCGCUGACGUGAACGACGAUCUGCUGAGCAUGGGGAAGCUGCUCAGGCAGGGCUUCAGGUUCAACCUCAGCCUGGAGGACGGGCUCUACAUGGCGAAGGGCCAUCGCAGCGUGCAGCUCACGCUGGAGAGGAACAGCCUCAGGCUCCGAUUGUCUCGGCGGGCCCCGCAGAUGAGGCUCGCCACUGCCGCGGAGCGGCAGAACGGCAGGAUGCGGCGACAGCUCCUGUGCUCAACGGCCGGGCUGGGGGAGUUGUGCAUGCCCAUCUACGGUGCCAAGGCGGAGCUCUGGGACAGGCUCAUCGUGGCGGAGGCCGCGGUCAGGCGAUCGGAGGCUGAAAGGGCGCACAAGCAGGCAAUCAAGGAGCAGCUCGGGGCCCAGCGCGACCCAGUCGAGGCUAGGGAGUUACCCGCGCCGCUAGCUCCGAGCGCUGAGGGGGAGAGGCAGCCCCGCCUCGCUCAUCUACCAACCGCGCCCUGGUGCGAGGAGCGCAUCCGUGGCAAGGCGCCCGAAGCCCCCCGCCUUCAGGUCACGCUCGAGGACUCCGAGCGGAAGGCGCCGCUCAUCAGCUUCGACUUUGGGUUCUGUAAGACGGCUGAUGAGGACGGGGACCAGACGAAGGUUGAGGACACCUACGCGGCGAUGCCCGCGGCUUUCAGCUCGGACGCUGGAGUAGUAAAGGUCAUUCCAUGCCCAUCGAAGUCGGCACCACCAUGCGCGAUUGCAGGCAUCAAGCAGUUCGCGCAGCGGCUCGAGACGGGCAAGUGCAGACUCAGGACCGACUCUGAGCCUGCAACGAAGGCGAUCCUGGACGGGCUGGAUCUCGAGAAGCGCUACGGCACCAGGAUCACCGCGGCGAUGCCGAUCUGGGCCUGGAUGAUGCGUCACGCUGGGUGGCUACGCGAACGGCACUCGCGACGGGCUGGAGGACAGACCUCGCAUGAGAUAGCGACAGGCACGCCCUACAAGGGCGACAUUUGCAACUUCGGCGAGACG